AUGUCUGUCCCUGCAGAAACUAGGACCGCUGCGACCCCCCAGCGACCGGCGAUUCACAAUCGUGACCACGUUACCGUUGAAGACAUUGACGAUGUCUACGACUCUUCCGACGGCGACACCAACUCUUCCGACGACGACGACAGCGACGCGUUUUCCACGGCGUCAUACGAGGAUCUGACGAUCGAUAUCGAAUCGCUCAAACGCGACGCCUCAAGCAAGGUGUUUUCCCCUUCCGCCGACGCGGUCUCCGCUGCCCCCGCUUCUGUGCUGAUAUUCCGCAACAUCUGCUACUCCGUCUUUGUCAAGCAGCGCAAGGGGGAGCCUUCCGCUGCCGGCCCGCAAUUCGCGCGGCAGGACAGCACGCUUGCGAAUGUCCCUGGACUGCAGCCUCAGCAGGGGUUUCAGGAGGCUUCCGCGGCGCCAGCUGGUGCGCCCGGAGCGGAUGGAGUUGCAACCGGCGGCGAAACCAGCGCCGCGCCAGGCGGCGACAUGUUCGGCGGUUUGCGCAAGAAGCGCGUUCGGCGGCAGAUCCUAACGGGAGUGAACGGCGAAGCGCGUUCGGGGGAGGUGACCGCGAUCAUGGGCGCAAGCGGAGGCGGAAAGACGACGCUGCUGAACAUCCUGGCGCAGCGGAUCUCGUCGGGGCGGCGGAAGGGGACGGUGGAGCUAGACGGGGAGGAGGUGAGCGCAGCGAGGAUGCGGCGCGUCUCCGCGUACGUGAUGCAGGACGACGUGCUGUUUUCGUCGCUCACGGUGCGCGAAACCCUCAUGUACGCUGCGGAGUUGCGCCUGGAGCCGCGAUUUCCGCGACGCGAAAAAGAGGAUAAGGUCGCGCGGCUGAUCGACCUGCUUGGGCUGGCGAAAGUGGCGGAGACGCUGAUUGGCGGCGAAAAGAAAAGCCAUCAUAUCGUGUCCUUUGUCUCAUCGACAAGCUGCUUCUCUUGGGCGUAG